CCCAUCUCUUCCAUCACAUUCCUCGUGCUGCUCUUUCUUUUCUCCUCUUUCUGUCAGUCCCUGGCAGAGUUCUCCUCUGGUCAAAAGGCCAACUCGCUGUUACUACACCACUUCUCGCCUGCCUAUGUCAAGGCUCUGAAUGAGUCCAUCGUCGCUGGCAAACCGAUCAAUUUCCCAGACCAGCAAUCCAACCACACCAUUCCUCGCAUCAUUCAUCGAACCUACAAGACAACCGACAUCCCCAAAGACUGGCAGGGAGCAUACGACUCGUGUCGCAAGGUGAACCCAACAUACAAGCAGUUCUUCUGGACCGACGAGGGCGCCCGCGAGUUCAUCCAGCGAGAGUUUGCUUGGUUCCUUCCAACCUACGAUAGCUAUUCCUACGAUAUACAGCGCGUCGAUGCCCUUCGGUAUUUCCUCCUCUGGCACUAUGGAGGUAUCUACAUCGACAUGGACAUUGAAUGUCGCCGACCACUCGAUCCAUUGUUGGACUUUCCUGCUCUGCUGCCCAAGACGUGGCCGUACGGAGUGAGCAACGACUUUAUGGCGAGUGCGCCGAAUCAUCCGUUCAUUAUCAAGGUGGCUUUGAGUCUGCAGGAACACAACCGCCAUUACCUAUCCAAAUACAUUACCGUCUUUUUCACGACCGGCCCGAUGUUCCUCAGCAACAUCCUGUCCCAGUGGCUUCGCAUGACGCGUGAACGCUCCAAUGGCAAUCUGAAACUGUCGCAUAUUGUUGGUAUUCUGCCAUCGAUGAUGUACGAUACGACCAGUUACUCGUUCUUGGGCCAUCGCAAAGGAUCUAGCUGGCAUGGAAAUGAUGUUGCUGUGAUGCGGUACACAUACCAGCAUCUCUGGGGACUUCUCCUCGGUGUUGCUGGACUCAUUAUACUG